CCCCGCCGUAUUUCCUGCCUCGGAAAAGAAGGCGAUUUGAAGCUGAAAUUAAAAAAAAAUCUUUUUUAAGGGAAAAUUACCUAAAAAAUGAAGAAUUCGCGUUGGUGAAGAUGUAUUAGCCUAGAGGAUUGGUUAAAGCAAAACUGUCAACAUGUCGGUGCGCAAGUUAGAAGCCCUCCAUAAUGGGGACUCGGAGGACACUCCGGUCUCGAGUCAGAAGAGGAGGAGGACGUCAUAUGCCGACAGCUCCUACCUCUCAGAAAUGAGGAUGACACAGGAAGGUGCUUCCUGUGGGAUAUUAGAACGUGUCAUCGUUAAAAACUUCAUGUGCCAUGACCAUCUCGAAUUUACAUUCUCCCCGCACAUCAACUUUGUACAGGGUCGGAAUGGCAGUGGGAAGAGUGCCAUUCUAACUGCUGUAGUAGUUGGUUUAGGGGGGAAUGUGCGAGCAACAAAUCGUGGUAGCAGCAUGAAAGAGCUUGUGAAGUAUGGAAAGCAUACAGCCACAAUUGACAUUCACAUCAAGAAUAUGGGCAAGGAUGCCUAUAAGCAUGAAAUUUAUGGUGACUGUAUUGUUGUGGAACGAAAAAUCAUGUCAUCUGGAGGUGGCAGUUACAGGGUGAAAGCUAAGGAUGGAACAGUGGUGUCAACAAAAAAAGAUGAGAUUAUACGCAUGUUAGAUCAUUUCAACUUGCAAGUAGAAAACCCUGUGACUGUGCUGAAUCAAGAUAUGUCCCGUUCAUUUCUCAAUUCUACGGAUCCUCAUGAUUUAUACAAAUUUUUCUUGGAGGCCACUCAACUGCAACAGAUGAGGGAUAAUUACACUCAGCUACAAGAAGCACUAAGAUCGUCCUCAGCAACUAUUGAAGGCAGGAAAGAGGAUCUUCCUCUUUUGGAGAAAGAAGUAGAAGAACAUCGUUCUCGUUUUGAAUAUAGCAAGGAUCUCACUGAAAAGCGGAACAAACUUCGGGAGUUAAGGCGUGAAUUGAUGUGGGCUGUGGUACAUGAAGCAGAAAAAGAAGAAGAAGCCGCUGCACAGAAGUUAGAGGCCCAUGAGACAUCCUGUAGUAAAUUGCAGGACAAGAUAACAUUUUAUGAAACAAAAUUUAAGGAGGAGGAGCAAAACCACAAAGUACUUCAGGAGAGACUGUCCAGCCGCACACAACAGCUCUCCAACCAAACUGAAGACACAAAGGCAGCCAAUGAGCAGAUGGUAAAGGCAAAAGCAAAGCUGAAGGACCAGCAAAUGCAGGCCACCACAGCCGAAAAGAAGGUCAAGAGCAUCCAAAAGGAGAUCUCAGAGCUGAAGGAAGCCAUAGAGAAGGAUAACAGUCUUGCACAGAAUAACUGGGCAGCUCAACGUGCAGAAAGGCUGGAGAAAAUAGAGAACUUGAAUAAGGAAAUGCUGGAAGUACACCAAAUUGUGAAGACAGAAAAUACCCAUCACAGCAACAUCAUUAAUACAAUGGAACAUAAGAAGACUGAGGAGAGGCAGUUCUUCUUGGAACAGAAAGCCAUGAGCACCAAAUGUCACAGAUUAGAAAAGGAACUGACAGAACUCCGUGGCCAGCAGAGUAAUGUCUUCACAGUCUAUGGACCUUGGGUUCCUGAGGUGUUGAAGCAGAUUGAUAUUGCACACAGAAAGGGAAUGUUCUCAGCCAAACCUGUUGGACCACUUGGUGCCUUUAUUAAGCUACGUGAUCAGCAGUGGGGACAUGUGGCAGAAGCAAUUAUAUCGAACAGAAUCAAUAGCUUCUGUGUCAAUAAUCAGAAGGAUUGUCAUGUUCUGAAGCAGAUUCUGAGCAGAGUUAACUUUAGUGGAGCCCCAAAGCCUAUCAUCACUGUUUCAAGAUUUAGAGAAAGAAUCCAUGAUGUAUCAAAGUUUGAGGUGCAGUCAGACAGAUACCCCUCUCUGUGGUCAAUGUUGGACGUGAGUGAUACAGUUGUGGCAAACACUCUCAUAGAUCAGAUGCAAGUGGAGUCCAUCUUGCUUAUUCCAACGGCACAAGAAGCUGGACAACUUCUAAAAGAUCAGAGAACCGUACCAAAAAAUUGUAAAGUUGCCUACACUCUCAAUAGAGAUACUUACUACCCUGAUCCAAACUACCGAAUCUAUUCAGGAAAAGGGCAACAACCAGCUCGUUAUCUGCAGGUCUCGGUUGAACAGAAAAUCAGUGACCUUCAAGCUGAAAUUGACAGUUCGCGGGAAGAAUUAGCGAGGCAUUCAUGUAAGGUAAAGGAAUGUCAAGCUGAAGUGAAAGAACUUGAGAAGGAAAUUCACAUGUCAAACAGAAAGAUGCAGAAAGAUAAGGCAAAGAUUGCACAGCUUCGCGGACAGGUGAGAGUGCUCCAGGACCAAGAGGAACCAGCUCCUCCUGAUGUAUCUCAGUUGGAAGAAGACAUUAGGCAACAGGAGGUUUUACUAGAAAGUGCUGAAGCUCAUGCUGAAGAAGUUAGGACUUUAGUACAUCAAAGUAAAGAGAAAUAUCAAGAAGCCGCCUCCAAUUAUGAAAGGCUGAGGCAAGAGCACAGUAAACUUCUACAGGAAGCAGAAAAUAUUAAGAAAGAAAUGAAUCAGUGUGAACAACAGACAAACAAGUCAAAUCAUCUUUUACAAGGUUUCAAAAAGAAAAAAAAAGAUACUGAGACCAGAAAAAAAAAUCUGGAGGCAGAAUUAAAAGCAGCAAGAGAGGGACGCGAAAAGGAGUCGGAAAGAGCUAAGAAUUUCUUACCUCGUUUUAAAACAACUCGGAGUGCUAAAGAUGUGAAUAGUCAGUACAAAGCUCUUGAAGCAAGGUUAAACAAAGAGGAAGCUCAAAGAGGUGACCCAGUGGAAAUACAUAAGAAGUACAAAGAAGUCUACCAGAGGUACUCGGACAUCAACCAAAUUAUACAAAAACAUUCCGAUCUUUUAAAGCUUAUACAAGAAAGUCUCGAUAAAAGACAUCAAGAAUAUGGCUUGUUCCGGCGAUUUACAUCCAUAAUGAUAAAAUCAUACUUCAGAAAUAGACUAAGUUUUCGCAACCUUCAUGGAACACUGCAUUUCAACUUUGAAGAGGAAAUCCUAACAAUGAGUGUGGUCAAAUUAGGAAGUGAAAAUGAUGACAGCACAAUUAAACAGUCACAGUAA